GUGUGCAGACAGAUAGAAAGACACAAAUCCCAGCCACUAUCAGAGAUGAAAGCACUGCUGGUUGUCGCUUUUGCUUCUGCACUGCUAUGUCUCUUGCAAAGCUACCCUGUCGAGGUUGAUUUAACACUGAAGUUUGAUCCAGAUGCUGAGGAUCAAGUUUGGAAAGUCAAGAAGAAACACCUUGAAAACGAGACAGAGCUGUCUGCCGACUCUAUGGACAUUUCCACCAUACUUGAAAAAGCCAACGCUAACCUCGAUAAAAUCCCAGAUGGAACAGUCAUUCGAUUUGGUGACAUUGCAGUCGAUCCCUUGGGAUCCACCAACGCCGACCCCUGCACUGAGCGUUCCUGCAAAUGGCCCCAAUCCUCAAAUGGGAAAGUAUACAUUCCAUUCGAAGUGUCCAGUGAUUUCUCUUCAAGAGAGAGGGCGAUAAUCGAGGGGGCUUUGAGCUCUUUUGUCGCGUCAACCUGCAUCGAAUUUAUAAGGCGAACCAACGAGCGUGAUUACAUCUCCAUUCAGUCGCUCUCUGGGUGCUAUUCCUUCAUAGGCAGGCAAGGGGGGCAGCAGCCGCUGUCCUUGAGCAGAAGUGGUUGUGUCUAUCAUCAAGUAGUCCAGCACGAGUUUCUGCAUGCUCUGGGAUUCAACCAUGAACAGACACGUAGUGAUCGGGACAGCCACGUGAGCAUUUUAUAUGAGAACAUACAGCAAGGGAUGGAGUAUAAUUUCAAUAGAGUGAAUACCAAUAACCUUGGCACGCCUUACGAUUAUGGUUCCGUGAUGCACUAUGGAAGGUAUGCUUUCUCAAGAAAUGGAAGACCAACUAUCCAGCCCAUACCUGACCCCAAUGUUUCAAUUGGGCGAGCCACUGAAUUCAGCCAAAUGGAUAUUGAAAGAGUCAACAGGCUCUACAACUGCAGGGGCUACCUGUGAUCUAGCAGCUGAGGAUCCAGCAGUCUAACUCUGACCCCGACCCCGAACCUGAUCCCGACCCUGGCCCGACACUGACCCCGACCCUGACCCUGACCCCGACACUGACCCUGACCCCGACCCCGACCCUGACCCUGUCCCUUACCUGUCUGAAGAAUGAUGGCAUAUGUGGCAAAAGCUGCUUUUAGUUGUAAGUGUUUAAAAGCUGAACUGUUGCUCAGUCCUGUUCAGUUUCACAUUGAAAUAUACCCUCUGGGUGUCUGUUCACGUCGUUUCUAUAGUGCAUAAUUCUGGGCUCUUUAGCAGUAAGAAGAACAUGUCUGUUUGCACUGGUGAUCCAAAUAAAGACGUUGCUAUCUGCAGUAAUAGGAGGCUGUAAAUGACAUCUUUAAUUUUGGUUAAAACACCUAUUGUAUGUCAUUAAAAAAUGGCCUUACAAACUUAAUAUAUGCAUAUAAUACAGUUAUUCUAUUGAAAUAUGGAAGUGGAAUAGUGUGCAUAAUUUCAUUUGAAAAUCACUGUAAAGUAAAAAGUUCCUUGCAAACUACAGUACUAUUUACUGCAUUUCAGCACUCUCCUCAGAAAUAAAGUCAUAUCUGCAA